AUAGAAAUUUGUAAGUUGCAAAACCUAGUAGAAAAAAGGGAGAAGAGAGAGGGUUCGAAGGAAAGAUUGGUUUGUGCGGUGCGGAACUUUGACUUGGAACGGUGCUCUCCAUUCGGCGGCGAGACUGGUUUGGCGGCGGCGACGAUUGACGGUUCCAUUCUUGUGGUGUAUGCCAGGUUUGACACACUUGCAAUGGGGAAGCUUUCACUAAAUCUUACUGGUUUUAACAAGGAAAGCGUGCCUAUUUUUGGCAAUCGUCUUAACCUUGCUUUCGAAAAUCUUCUACCUUUCACUUCUUGUGCAGGUGAACGGGUGCUGAGCGAUUGCUGCAGUAGGCUUUCACCACAAAUGGUUGAAGCACUGAUGAUAUUCCAAGAUCAUAUGUAUGCGUUUAUGAGAAGACAAAAUUAUAGUAAAAAUGAGAUAAUUCAAAUUGAUUUGGAUGACAUAUCCUCAGGCAAUGCGAGUGAAUUGUCUGCCUCUUCCCUCCGAUGAUUGAUAAACAAUUUAUUUUUCACUAUUUCAUUUCGUUAAUUUUUCUGUAUUAGAUUAUUGAGCUGGAAUAUAAUGCAAAUGAUUGAUAAGCUAGUAAGUGUCAAUCUAG